AUGAGUCAAUCACUGUCUGUACCUCCGUUUUUUUACGGAAGUAAUCAUGCAUAUUGGAAGGUUAGAAUGCGUGCGUUCCUUAAGUCCUUAGAUGAGCAUGUUUGGAUUAGCGUUCAAAAUGGUUGGAAACCUCCAUUUACUACCGUAUCAGGAACAAUUAACCUUACUGACAUAUCACUGUGGACUAAAGAUGAAUUAGCUGCAUGUAAUUGGAAUAGUAAGGGAAUUCAUGCAUUAUUCAUGGCUCUAUCUCCAGAAGAGUUUAGGAGAGUGUCUAUUUUCAACCUAGGUGAGAGAAUUCCCGAGACUAAGAUUGUGAGAAAAGUACUUAGAUCUCUACCUGAGAGAUUUAAGCCUAAAGUCACUGCCAUUGAGGAAAGUAAGGACCUAGAUGAAGUUAAAAUCGAAGAAUUGGUAGGAUCCUUGCAAACCUAUGAACUCACUAUCUCACAACAUAAGAAAGGAAAGUCCAUAGCCCUAAAAUCCAUUAAAGAAGAUGAAUCUUCUGAUAUUGCGUCACUUAGGGAUGAGGAAAUCGCAUACUUUGUUGAGAAAUUUCAAAAAGUCCUCAAGAAUAGGAGAAAGCCUCAGGAUAGAAAGAGUGGAGCCCCUAGCAGAUUCACAAAAGAUAAAAUUGAGAAAGUUAACAAUAAAGGGUCAAGUGAGGAGCCACGUUUGGUUAUAUGUCAUGAGUGUCAAGGAAUAGGUCACUAUAGGAAUGAGUGUCUUAGCUAUAAGAAAAAUCAAAGAAAAGGGAAAGAUAGGGCCUUAGUUGUCUCACUUACUGAUAAUGAAUCUGAGACCAGUGAUAGGCAUAAAUCCUCUAGUAGUGAUGAUGAAGGAAAUUAUAUGGCAUUUGUGGCUACUGUUAAGAGUGAAUCUGAUAAGGAAAGUGACAAGGUUGAGGAAGAACAUUCAAACGAUAAUUCUGGUAAUGAGGAUGAGGAUGACAUAGACUUACAAGAAGCUUAUCAACUGUUGUUUAAGGAGAGUCUUAAAAUAAAGAAGGUCAAUAAAGCCCUACUUAAAAAGGUUGACGAACUUGAAAGGGAAAAAGAGAAACUGGGUAGUAAGCUUCAGGAUUCACUUAAGAGUGUGGGAGAUAAGAGAGGUCUAGGAUAUGUUGAGGGUAAUACACAUGUUGUUGGACCAUCUAAGACUGUCUUUGUGUUUGCCUCUAAGUCUAAUGCUGUUAGGAGUCCAAGUAAGGGUAAGAGUGUUCCUAGGGAACAGAGUCAUCAAUCACGUAGGAACAUCAGGACUAGGUACCCACAGACACGUACCUUUGAGCCUAGGUUCAUUCCUACCCGUCACCACUGUGGAGCUCUAGGAUACACUAGGCCUAGAUGUUAUAAGUUAGGCAAUGAGCGUAGAAAUCAAAACAUUCCUAGUCAAGUUAGCUUUCUGUCUAAUCAGGUUAAUCAUUUGACUGAGAUGCUUACUAAGCUAACUAAGAGUACUUUGUCAUCUAAAAAGGUUUGGGUCCAAAAGGGUGAUCUAGGUAGACUUUCAGGUCAAGAAAACUGUUUUGUUGCUCAUAUUGCUUUAAAAGCUCAAAAUUCUAAUAUGUGGUACCUGGAUAGUGCAUGUUCUAGGCAUAUGUGUGGUAAUAAAGCUCUAUUCACUACUCUUGAUGAAUGUAAUGGUGGUAUAGUUACCUUUGGAGAUGGGGGCUCUGCACCUAUUCUUGGCAAAGGUACUGUACAAAUGUAUGGCUUACCUGUGAUCUCUAAUGUGCUUUAUGUGGAAGGUUUAAAGUUAAAUUUGUUAAGCAUUAGUCAGAUUUGUGAUGACGACUUUGAGGUUAGUUUUGUGCAGAAGAGAUGUACCGUGUAUGAUUCAUCCGGUGGGGUAGUCCUUGAAGGGGUUAGAACAUCUGACAAUUGUUAUGGGGUAUUACCUAAUUCUAACUAUAUGUGUAGGAGUGCUAAAAUUGAUGUGAGUGAGCUCUGGCACAAAAGAUUAGGUCAUUUGAACUAUAAGAGUCUAGAGCAGUUGGCUAAGAAAGAAUUGAUAGAUGGGUUGCCUAAGAUAGUUCCUAGUGAAAAUGUUGUGUGUGGACCAUGUCAACUAGGUAAACAACUUAAGGGGAGCCAUAAGAAGACUACUAAAAUUCUGACCAAAAGACCCCUGGAGUUGGUACACAUGGAUUUGAUGGGACCUUCUAGGACUGAGAGUUUAGGUGGUAAGCGAUACAUUCUUAUCGUGGUAGACGACUUCUCGAGGUUUAUUUGGAUAGAAUUGCUUAGGGAAAAAUCUGAUGCUUGUGAUCUCAUAAAGUCUCUGUGUAAACGGCUUAACAAUGAACUGAAUCUCAAAGUGUCUAGGAUGCGUAGUGACCAUGGAAAAGAGUUUGAGAACUUUCAUCUUGAAAGUUUCUGUAUGGACGAAGGGAUAUUGCAUGAGUUCUCUUCCCCUAUCACUCCGCAACAAAAUGGGGAAUUAGCCCUACACUUUUGGGGAGAAGCUAUUAACACUGCACGCCACAUCAUCAAUGGAGUCUACCUUAGACCCAAGACUGAUCAGACCCCAUAUGAAAUUCUUAAGGGUAAAAAGCCUACUGUUAAGUAUUUUCGAGUAUUUGGGAGUAAGUGCUACAUUUUGCGGGAUAGAGAGAAUUUGAGUAAGUUUGAAUCAAAGAGUGAUGAAGGGAUCUUCCUAGGGUACUCUAGGAAUAGCCGAGCAUUUAGAGUGUAUAACUUACGUACCUGUGUGGUGAUGGAGUCUAUAAAUGUUGUGAUAGAUGAUGCUGUGAGUGAGGGGGAGAGUGCUGAAAAAUGUGAUAAAGAUGGUGAUCUUUUGAGUUCAAGUGAUCCUACCGAGCUACCUGUGCUUGAAUCAUCUUGUAAGAAACCUGAAACAUCUGAAAAGGAAACACUUCCACAAAAUCUAGAUAUACAUCCUAAGGAACCAACGAAUAGGGUUAAGUCUAAUCAUCCUAAGGAUAAUAUCAUUGGGGAUCUAGAUGAAAGGAUGAGACUUCGUAGGAGAGUUCUGAAUAAUCUAGCUUACACUAGCUAUGUGUCUCAAGUUGAGCCUAAGAAAGUUGAAGAGGCCCAGUGA